AUGAGUGUAUCCAAACCAGGUACUAAUCAACGUCGAGUUUGUUUGGCUGUCGAUGGUAGCAAUCACUCGAACCAUGCAGUGGAAUGGUAUCUAUCGGAAGUGUACCGACCGGGAGACUAUGUGAUUUUUGUUCAUUGUUUGGAAGCUCCUAAUCUACCCACCAUGACAGUCAGUUCCGGACUCAGUAUCCCUAUAGACACUUGGACAAAAGCGCUUCAAGAGAACAUCGAUCAGACCAACAAGUUACGUAAUGACUACGGCUUCUUGUGCGAAUCCAAACGAAUCCCGCACGAUUUUGCUGUGAUGAACGCUUCCCGUCCGGGUGAUGGUAUUGUGCGCGCGGUGGAACAAUACGGGGCGAGUAUGAUUGUGAUGGGUUGUCGCGGUUUGGGCGCAGUCAAACGUGCAUUGAUCGGUAGCGUCAGUGACUACGUGCUACAUCACGCUGAAGUGCCUUGCAUAGUCGUCCCACUGUCCUAG